UCCUUGAAUUUUUUAUGAAUUUUUGCCUCAAACCUAUUUUCUAUAAAACAUAAUAUCUAGAUCCUACUAUUUUUCACUCCUUUCUCAUCUUGAGGUGAUUUUGUUUGAGACUUAUUGGGCAUGUCGCGAAGGAGUACAAAGACUGCUUUGGAAAAUGAGAUUGAACGAGGUCGUGUGGAAGGAAGAUGGGAAGGUGUCCAGAAACUGGUUGAACAAGUUUCGAGUCGAACAACAAAUGAAUCAAACAUUGAAUCCUUCAAAACACUUCUCCUCUGUGAAGCUGAACUGGAGAUCUAUAUAAGAGAUAAUCAAUUAUUAGGAUCUACUAGUCAUGAUCUUGCCAGAAAAUCACUACAACCAAUUGCUGACAAACUGGUGAACGUCUCUGAAGCAACAAAGAAAAAAAAUGAUGAGAAGAAUCAAGAAGCAAACCUUUUGCUUUGCAAAGCACACUUCAUGAUGGGGAAUUACCAGAUGAGUAUCAAGUAUAUGAAUGAAGCCAGUGCUGAAGAUCUGACAGUCGAUAUUCAUGCAAGAAGAAGAUCUAAACUGAUUGCAGAAGGGUUUUCAUUAAAAGCCAUGGCCCUUGAAGAGCUUCAAGCCAUUGCAGAUAAUGACACCAAUCCAGAAGAUCAGGAGAUCAUGUCCUGCUAUGAAUGUGCUGGUGACAUUGCAUUGUGGUUGAUGUCUGGACAAAGAGCGUCUAUCCUCCCACAUAUCGCUGGUGAAAUGAGCAUGCCAUUAGAAGUUGCCAUCCAGAGGGUUCCAAUACUCUUGAUUAAGUCAGGGAGGCUGUCUGCAGGUGUUAAUAGAUUCAGAAACAUGCUCAAGGCAUUAGAAUCAAAGGCUACUCAUGAUUUGAGGAAGGUUUUAGCCAGGCAGUUAGCAGAAGUUCUUUUGCGCGGCAUCUGUGAAGAUGUGUAUGACAAGCCUGUCUAUCAAAACACUAACAUCCCAGGCUCAACGGCAUCCUUGUCAAAGGGAAGUACCAGGAAUGAACAACAAAGAACUACAGUCAGUGCUCAUAAUGUCAGAAGAGCUAGCUUUUCCUUGAAACCUCUUGUGUAUUCUGGAGACAGUUUAUUUGUUCCUCGAGAUGAAAUGGAGGAGGUCUUACUGCUGUUAUUACUUGAGGAUGCCAUGGUGCUAAGAGAUGCUGUACUUAGUCAAGCACCUGAAAAGGCAGAAGAUCGUAAGCGCACUGUUGAAGAAGCAAACAUUGUUUAUGAUUUGUUGGUCAUAGCACUAACAAGGAGAGGACAGUAUGGAAUGCUAGUUGAGUGCUUAGACAAGGGAAUGAAGUUAGCAUUUGAAGAGUUCCAUCUUUGGUUCCAGUUUGGACUCUCACUCAUCAGUGCUGGAAAGUAUGAGAGAGCUCUUCUUGUUUUGCGGCAAUGUGCAAGUUUAAACCCUGAAGAUGCACUGGUACAUCUGUAUGCCGCAAAACUAUGCUUCAAUCACCUACAUCAAUUUGAGGAAGGAGUUGAAUUUGCAAAGAAGGUGGUUGCUAUGGGAGCUGGUAAGCAGUGGUCUGCCAAAGGAUACCAAGCAUUGGGCAUAGGUUACAGCUUACUGGCAGGAGAAGCUUCACUAAGUGCAGAGAGACAAAAACUUCAAAAGCUGGCUAUUGAUGCACUAGAACAAGCUCUUGAUCAUGAUCCAAAUGACCCAGAUAUUCUCUUCAACAUGGCUUUAACUGAGGCUCAUGCAAGACAAAUUUCUCGAGCUAUCAAGAACUUAAGACGAGCAAUAAAAUUAGAUGGUGAUAACAUCAACUACCUCCACCUUAUGGCGCUUCUAUUAUCUGCACAGAAUAAGUAUGGUGAAGCAUUAGAAGUGUGUGAAGCUGCACUCUUGGAAUUCCCAGAUGACUUUAAUUUGCUGUUAACAAAAGUAAAGUUAGAAGCAGUCUGUAUGGGAGGUGAUCAAGCUCUUAUUACAUGCAAACAGCUCUUGGAGACAUGGAAACAAAUGUUUGACUUAGAAGUGCUUACUUGUUCUACAAAUCUAACAAGAGCUGGGUCUGGUUUGCUUGAUAAAGUAGUUGCUGACUCCAGAAGCCUGAAGCAGUUUCCUUUGGCAGAGAUCAGUAGUGAACGAGGAGAUGAUACUGCUUCCAUUGCUGCAUCAGUACGUCUGGAGCGCACACUGUCAGAUGAAGCAACAUCUACUGCAACAGGAGCAAAGCUAAGCAUACCAGCUGUACUGGCCCUUCAGGCCAAACUGUGGUUAGCUAUUGCUGAUGUAUUCAUAGGAAUGCACAAAGAUAUCGAGGCUAGUGCUUGUGUGCAAGAAGCAAACCUCAUCUUCCCUCUUUCUGCUGAUGUCCUGUAUCAGCGAGGCCGCAUCUAUGAGAUCCGAGGAAGUCCAAACCAGGCGAAAGCCUGUUACAACAAUGCAAUAGCAAUCAACCCAAGUCACAUUCCAAGCAUGCAAAGAAUGGGAGAAGUAURUGAAAAACUAAACAACCUUGUGAUGGCAGAAAAGGUGCUGCGAGAAGCUAUCAACAUAGAUCCAACAGCUCAUGUUGCAUGGCAUUAUCUUGGUGUUGUACUUGAACGGCAAGGUGAACAUGAAGCAGCCAGUGAAUGUCUCUUCACUGCAGUGGAUCUAGAGGCAACGUCCCCUAUUUGUAGUUUUUCAAUCAUUCCUAGACUGCUAUGAAUCAAUAGCUUUGCCUUGGAAUUAACUUACUAGAAUAAAUUUUUGAAAUUAAUGUCAGACCCUCCCCACCCCUUGGAAAUAUUCCAUCCCCCUUCCAUCGGAGAAGUAUCGAUAUUUUCUGGAACAACACAAUAAUAUUCUCCAGAUUCUCUGACCUUUCCCACGUACCCCUUGGAAAAUCCCAAUUCCUCUCAAUGGUGGAGGUAUUGACUGUAACUACACAAUCUACCCUCGGCUCCAUAGACUCUCCUCACCCCUUGGAAAUUCCAAUCCACACCUGAAACGUACAAUGCUCUGCUUUUGUCAGCAUUGCAUUACAAGUUGCAAAAAUUGCCUCACAUAUAUAACAGAGGAUUUAGGUUGCCAUUCAAUGUUUAUCUCCCCACAAACAAAACACUGACGAAAAAGGUUGAAUGAUGACUUUAAGAAAAUCUGUGUGUAGGAAGCUAGGUCUAUGUAUUAGUGUCUACACUAGAAGUCUAUUUGGAAAAUAACCUACUCUAUGGCUUAAAUGAAAAAACUUUAUCUCUAUACUGUUCAAUUUUUACUCACUAAAGACAAUGAAGCUGCACAUAUUGUUGUUUUAGUAAUACAUAGUAUACAGUUUUUAUCAAUCAAUAUUUAUUAGCAUAUAGAAUUAAUAAAUUAUAAAAUAAAAUAAAUACAGAAAUAAUUUCAUAUAAUUCUUUCAGAUUCUUCCACAAUUAUACUACAUACCUAGAUUUACCUGUUUAUAAAUACUAGUAAGCUAUUCCAAGGGUUUGAGGGACAUAUACUAUGUCUACAAAGCACUUAAUACGUGAAAMAUCCAUGAAAUACUAUACAAUGUAAGUGACAAGUUUGGAGAUCCAUGGUGUAUCAAAAAAAACGUAGCUAUAAUUCGUCCCAUACCAAUGAACAAAUGUCAAACCAAAAAUUUACAGAUUAUGAUUGGAAGAAAGAGUGGAUUACCAACAAAUAUACAACUGUCCUACAUGUACAUUCAGAUUGAUUGUAUUUUUUAAUGGUAUGGGAUAAAUGUCGCUAUGAUUUAUUAGAGCUCUAUGUUACUUUCUAAAGAGUUAACUUUAUGUAAAAAGUGUAAUUUAUGAAUAAAAUUUGAAGAUAUAAAAAAUGU